GGCCAGGUUGGCACAACGUCCCAUUAAAGUCUGUAUUUACCUGCCCACACAAGGAGCCUAACUUCUAGGCUCGCACACAGGCAGGUGGGAAAUUCGGUGGUACGCUCUGUCCAAGCUAGGCGGGAGGACCUUUAAAAAAGUUCUCUGCCUAAAUCUCUUGAGAGGUUCCAGGCGUGGAAACGCUAGGGUGUUGCCAUAAGAAAUCAAACGCUUUCACGAGUGUUAUGGGAGGCUUCACGGGCAGUUGGUCCUUUACAACAAGGGGCUAUUGAGUGCAAUAUACAGACCGUGGGCCCUGUGCCCAUGGAACCCGAUACCGAUUAUUUUAGUGGGACAUCUUCUUUUUUUUUUAGUUUAGGCUGGUUAUGUUGUUUGGUGGAUUGAAGUUGGUGAUGUUUUUCUGAAUUGGAAAAACAAUUGACAAUAUUACCGUCAACUAUUCAAAUCCACACCAUAAUGAAACUACCUAGUAUAAGAAGGAUCUUUGCAUCUUUUAGAACUGAAGAAGAGGAGAAGAUCUACUCCAGGAAAGCAUUCUUUAAUCUAUUAGGUUUCCUUGGUUCAUGUGUACUAUUCUCCUUUGUUGCACAGAAAUUGGCUAAACAACCAAGAGAGUUAGUGAGAGCUGCUAAGGCAGUGGCAUUGACUAAUGCGAUCAAGAGUUGA